CGAUUUCUACUUUAGAUCUUGGAAGCCCAGAAGACGUUACACUUGGUGCCCGGCUGCUUGUUGAACCUGUCAACACUAUACCCGACUUUAUAUCGCAUAAUUCCAUCGUAUUUUCCAUAGACGAGCAUCUAAGUCGUACAAUUAUCCGCCAUCAUGACUUCCGCGGCGGAGCAGGCCGUAGCCUUGAAAAAUGAAGGCAAUGAAGCCUUCAAGGCGCACAAUUGGCCCAAGGCUGCUGAGCUCUACACCAAAGCCAUUGAACUGAACGACAAAGAGGCAACCUUUUAUACAAACAGAGCACAAACGUAUAUCAAGCAGGAAGCAUUUGGCUACGCUAUCGCGGAUGCCACCAAAGCGAUCGAACUGAACCCUAAAUUUGUAAAGGCAUACUUUCGCCGCGCCGUUUGUUAUGCCGCCAUCGCCAAACCCAAAGACGCAGUUAAAGACUUUAAGAAGUGCGUUGAGCUCGAUCCAAAGAAUAAUGAUGCCAAAAUCAAGCUUGCAGAAUCUCAAAAGAUUGUGCGACAAAUGAAUUUUUAUGCCGCUAUUGACGUUGGAGAUGAACCAUCUGCCGCCGAAGGUCUCGAUCUCGAUUCGAUCGCUAUUGAACCCGAUUACGACGGAGUGCGACUUGGAGACGAAAUGACACAGGAAUUCAUUGACGACAUGAUUGAGCGCUUCAAAAAUGGCAAGAAAAUUCACAAGAAAUACGUCUACCAGAUUGUAAUUGCCACCAAGAGAAUUGUUUAUGAUGAGCCGACUAUGGUCGAGAUGAAAAUACCCGACGACGUCAAGCUAACAGUCUGUGGUGAUACACAUGGUCAAUAUUAUGAUCUGAUGGAGCUCUUCAGGCUGAACGGGCGGCCUUCUGAUAAGCACUACUACCUCUUUAACGGUGAUUUUGUAGAUCGAGGAUCAUGGUCCACAGAGAUCGCUCUUCUUCUAUAUGCUUACAAGUGGCUGCGUCCUCACGGCAUGUUCUUGAACCGAGGCAACCACGAGACGGACGACAUGAACAAGGUUUACGGUUUCGAAGGAGAGUGCAAGGCGAAAUACAACGACCGGGUGUUCAAAUUAUUCUCUGAGAGCUUCUCGGCAUUGCCGUUGGCUACGCUCAUUGGCUCCAAGUACCUAGUUUUACAUGGAGGCCUAUUUUCAGAUGAUAACGUAACUCUUGAUGACAUCCGCAAGCUAAACAGACACAGCCAGAGACAGCCGGGUCAGUCCGGGCUCAUGAUGGAGAUGCUAUGGACAGACCCACAAACUGCGCCUGGCAGAGGCCCCAGCAAGAGAGGUGUCGGCAUGCAGUUUGGUCCCGACGUGACCAAGAGAUUCUGCGACAAGAACGGUUUGGAUGCCAUCAUCCGAAGCCACGAAGUACGCAUGGAUGGUUAUGAGGAAGAACACGAUGGAAAGUGUAUCACAGUGUUCUCAGCACCCAAAUACUGCGACCAGACAGAAAAUAGAGGCGCUUAUAUCAAUAUUGGCCCCGAUUACAAGCUUAAUUUCCACCAAUUUGACGCCGUUGAACAUCCUCCAAUCCGCCCAAUGGCGUACGCCAAUAAUUCUUUCGGGAGUAUGAUGUAGAUGGCAUGGUAGACGUUUACUUAUCGGACAAUAAUCUGUACAGGUUUAUGGCAUGGGAAGGGAUCUUGCAUAUGUGACAGUUUGGUGGUUACAUAGCCUGGCGUUUUAGAGAAA